UCGUGAACAUUUGUGAAGACCAAACAUGCCAGCUGGAGAAAUGUCGACUGUCUCCUCGGGUCUUUAGUUUAAACCAUCCCCUUAAAUAGUAAAUGGCAUUUUGACAUAUAAAUUCCUUAAGAUCGAAAACUUAUGUAGUACUAAAAAUCAUAGUGGCUCGUAAUAUUUACGUGAUAUCCCGUUUUCUAUAAGUCGGUCCGCGGUUAUGUUAGGUUCGGGCAACUUAGUACAUCAGUUCAGUGGCGUUGUGAACGCUCGAGAGGACGGGUUGCGGGUUGUGUCAACUACGAAUCCCAGGCAACUCUAGAGCCGUAGUGAGUGACUGUCAUACUGACUCGCCUGUGUCCUGUAUACUAUACGUGUCUCGUACUCACUUCUGGCUGCCAUUUAAACCAGGAGUAAUGAUCAAGAGGUAAAAUGGACUUGCUUACAUUUGCAGCCACUGCAGUCUUCAGCACAGAGUCUGAGGAAGAUGCUGCAAUUCCCCUGACACCCAUAAAAGGAGUACACUCUGUGCUUGGGGAGGUCACCAACAUUAUCAACAUAUCUCCAGAGAAGUUCACCAACUCUCCUCUGCAAAACCUCUUCACUGCUCCAACCCUAAACACUCCAACAACUAAAUCAAGAUGUUUGGCAUCCAAUUUCUCAACAACAAGAUCCAGGAGCACUCUUGAAAAAAGCAGCAAUGGAAAGUUACUGUCCUAUUCUUCGCCAGAGACAGGAGGAGGUGCUCAAAACAGAGGAGUAUCAUCUCCAUACCAACCUUCAAAUGGAAGUCAAGGCAGGAGUCCACUAACUCCCAUGAGCAAUUUAAAGUUGCUAACUCGCAUAGCAUCAAUGGAGGAGUCAUUAACAAGUAAAAAAGUUUUAUUUCAAAACCAAAGUAUUAGUGAUAAAGAGAGUCAGUGCUCCUCAAAUGUGGAAUUCUUGGCUGCCUCUAAUGCUACAACCAAAAACGUGUCAUUUCGACGCCACAAUAGCGAGUGUUUAGGUCAGAGUCCAAGACAUUUGACCAGAUCCACCAGUACUUUUCGCAAACACCCUACGAAUACUGAUUACCCUAGACUGAGCUCCCCUGGAAAUCUUGUCACAGAAAAUAUGGGUAAUCUCCCUUCAGUGGAUGAAACCACCUGUAAUCGUUCAUCUGAGGGAUCCCGAAAAGAUAAAUCAUUAGGUGUAUUAAGUGAAAAAUUCUUGGAACACUUUCCAAUGGAAGUGUCUUUUUUGGAAACUCCUCGACGUCUAGUCAUUGAUGAAGUGGCGUUAAUGCUAGGUACAGAGCGGCGGCGGGUGUAUGACAUUAUCAAUGUUUUGGAGAGCCUUAGCAUGGCUGCCCGUGUACAGAAGAACAUGUACCAUUGGAUGGGGAAACUGCAUCUUCAGGAAACUCUGGCACGUCUGAAGGCUCUUGGUCUCAAGCUGGAUGUUGGUACUCACCUCCAAGCACUUCAGCACUUAGAUAAUGAUUUUAAAUUCCCUAAAUGCAUCAAGACCAAUUCAGGUGGAGAUGGAGAAAAGGUGGACACUAGAAGAGAGAAGUCACUUGGCAUCCUGUGCCAGAAAUUCCUGAUGCUCCUAUUGGUCAGUCCACAACCACACAUUAUUUCUCUGGAAAGUGCUGUGCGAAUACUUAUAGGAGAAGUUGGAGAAGAUGGAGAGCGACUGAGAACAAGAGGAAGACGGCUUUAUGAUAUUGCCAAUGUAUUGACAUCUCUGGGACUUGUGAGGAAAGUUCCCACAGCCAAGGCUUUUCAAUAUGUUGGUCCAGCAGUAGAGGUCACAGACAGUCAUGAUGAUACACUGGGCGUGCUGCAACGCCACUCGCUUCUCCCAUCAUGUCUCGGGAACUUUGGUGGUAAAGAGAACAUUAAUUCUCUUGGUGACCACGAUGUCACUCCCUCAAAUAUAGCUCAACGUGUGCAGAAACGAGGGCGACCACGAAAACUCUCUGCAGAUUUUUCAGCCUCUACAUUACCAGCUGCUAAGCGGCCCAAAAUUCAGAGAACACGCAGUGAGGAUGCCGUCACCUCUAAGCAAUCGACGAAGUUUGCACGCCACCCUUCACUCCAUGAUAUCUGCCAGGUGGCAGAGGUAGAGCGAGAGAAGCUGUUGCAGAAGGAGUGCCUCCUACGGUCACACUCAAAUAAUGAAGUACCUUCCUACACGUCUUCUGGGUUGUUCACACUAGAAAAAACAAAAAUGCCUGUCACAAAGGGUGAAUUGAAAGCAAUAGGUCCAAGCCAUAACUCGGUCAUCUCCCUUCAGCGUCGUCUCAUGUCCCGCACCAAGAUACCUGCAGCUCUCACUUUCCAAGGCACUAGUGCUAAUGCCAAUAAUAUAGGCAAAUGUUCAGCACAGGCUAAAGAUGAACAAGGAUCUGUAGCUCUAUCAAACGUAGUGGGACAAGAUGGAGACCAAACAUCAUUCUCGUAUCGUCAAACCUUGCAGGAAUAUAGAGCUUUCCAGGAUGAUGCAAGAAAAAUCACUACAUCAUCACUUAGUUUGCCAAAUACAAAAGUUUGUGCAAGUAGCCAAAACUUAAACGCUUCUGCCAGGGUGACGGUGAUUGGUGGGUCCUCUACACACUCUGGUCCUCAGCUCGGCUCAGGUGGUCCUUGUACUCCUGCUGGUUCAAAGAGUAUGCAAGUGAUCAAGGUCAUCACUAGGACUGGAGGAGUGAGCCAGAAGGAAUCAUCUGCGGUCAUCACAGUUCUACCAACAGUGCAGAUGUGCAGCCAGAGCACAGAUACAUCAAAACCUGCUAUGCAUGUUAAUCGUGGGUUUCAGCAGUUGUCAACAGGAAUCUAUAGUAAUGGGCAAAAGUUGAUAGGGUCAAAUGAUCCUAUGGUUGACAGAGUCACUCAUGAUUCAAGACAAAACAUCUACAGCCCUUACACUAUUUACACAAUAUCAAAUAAUCAUGUUGGUCAAAGAGCUUUUGGAGGCAUAAGCUCAGCACAAAAUACCACAGUUACCUAUCCUCUGAGGUAUAGUACACCACCACCUUGUGAUAACUUCUCAGGUGAUCACAUGUCUCGGCCAUCAUUAACUGGUUUAGGCAACCAGGUACCUCUGAAUGCUGGUCAUCUCCAUCCAAAUGUCAUUACUGGACCAAACAGUUUAACUGGUUGUGAUCAAACAAGUCGAUGGCAGCCAUCCCCUGGUACAUCUAGUACAGAUAGCGAGUUAGAGGAAAUUUUUGGCAAUUCCUUCAACUUUACCUGCCCCAGAAAUGUCGUGUGCAGAUACACCAGUCAGAAUGAAGGUGUAGCCAACAAGGAACAAGUAUGAAGUGUGUAAUGAGGAAUCACCAUGGAUGAUACUCCCAUAGUACACUUCCAGCGAGGCCACGCAUGUCGGGUGCACUCCCGCACUCCUCCAGCAGGGCCUUGUUUUCCCAGGGGCCCCCUCCCUUCUGGCAAGGUGGUGCUUCUUGACUGCUUCAUCUGCAAUGUGUAAAUAAUGCCAUCGAAUUUAUUACAGUUCAUACUGCAAUAAUUUGGUGUGUGCUCACUAACACAGAUACAGUACUUCUAAUUUAGAAAGAAUUUAGAAGCACUGUAUCUAAUUAAACAUUUCCUGUUACUGUAUACCCAAUCAUGUACUGGUUUGGUAUUUCAUUUAUGCCUCUUUCUGUCUGAUUAAUUUUCUUAAGCGAGAUGUGUUAUUUUAACGCACAUAGGUUCUUAAAAUUUAUAUAUUAUAUAUAUAUAUACAGUAUAUAUAUUUAAUGUACUUGGCGCUUUCAAUUGUGGAAAAAGUAUCUUUCAAAAUUGAGAAAUAUUUGAUUUCUCCAACCUAUAAAAAUAUAACUUAUAA